AUGAAGGCCUCAAUCAUCGCAUCCACCCUCGCCCUCGCCAGCUCCGCCCUGGCCUACCCCGGUGCCGCUCCCCCCACCCCCCUCUUCACCAUUCAGCUCGCCAACGACAUCAGCGGCGCCAAUGCCAUCCGUUCCGUCCCCGCCAACGGCAUUGCAAACACCUUCAUCAACGUGUUCGCCAACACCGUGCUCGUUAAGGGCGGUGUCAUCAUGGCCACUAGCCUGCAGAACGUUGCUCCUGGCGGCACCAACAUCAACUGCGUCGUCAACAAGGCUGAUGGCACAUUUGUUGGCAACGUCAACAACCAGAAGACCUUCCUCGACUUGGACGGUAUCGAGGGCAGAGCGGUUGAGGUUGAUGCCUCAGCUUUCACUAUCAAGUGCAACCCUCAGUAA